CUCAUAAAGCAGUAUUGUGCGAAGUCUGAGUAGAUCUGUUCUUUUAUCAAACAGUACUGAGGCUUGCUAAGAGCUUUCCAUCCCGUAACACAUACGAGCCAAACUGUAACUGCAGCGACUGCCUGGAGGCGUCGGUAGCUUUUCUUUCUCCACAGACACUCACAAGGGAAACACAUAUAAGAUAAAAGAGCGAAGAUACACAGCGCGCAUCAUUCUAGCGAACCGGACCAGACAGCUAAGGAAUAAACGGACAAACAAGGCAACAGGAGGGCAUACAAACAAAGUGCAACUGUAUAUUGAGCCGGAGACGAGCUGGCUGGACUGUGGAACCCGAGCUUCGCCCAUUCCAUGGUGCUGAAAUGAUCUAAUCUCUCACCGAACACACGAGGAAGAGUUUGGGACGCGAACACAACAGCUUAUCAUCUAGACAGGUGUGUCUAUCGUAGGGAACAACAAAUUAUUUUUAAAUUGCAAGAUGCUGGACGUUCUUCGUGGCCGGCGGAGGUUUGGAGUGUCGGUUCGUACGCUGCCAUACUCUUUCUGGUUUUUACUACUGUUUGCAGUAGGAGGAGUCGUUCUCUUCAUACACCUGCAAGAUAUUGCAGACAUCGUGCAACAGCAGGCUCCAGGUGUGAGGUUCAGCAGUACCACUCCAUCAAAAGAGUUCAGUGAGAAGGUGAACAGCGUCUCCGCUAUUAAUGGCAAAGUUACCCAGCAGUCGGCGGAGGGCAUCGUCCACCCCAUCUCACCAAUGCAGCUGCCACACUCUCAGGGGCCCCAGCAGGCUGCCACUACAAGGGCCCGUGAGCCCAGCCUGAGCUCUCCACCGAUCACCAAACUCCAGCGGAAGCUUUUAAAGACCAGUCCGGGGGUACAAGGAGUGACAAACUCAUCAAACUCCUUCGCGUCCACUUCAACGCUGUCUAAAAGUCCACAGCCAAAGUUCGUCUCAAUGCCGGAGGGCCUGGCAGAAGUUCAGGAAUCUCGUAGACGGCUCAUACGGGAGGUUUGCGCAAAGUAUCGGAGUAAAAUUUCUCGAAAAAUAAUGCCACACCACGUGGCCCGAAUUUAUGUUGAAGACAAACAUAAACUGCUCUACUGUGAGGUGCCCAAAGCUGGGUGCUCAAACUGGAAGAGAGUUCUGUUGGUGCUGGCCGGUAUUGCCAACUCCACAAAUGCAAUCGAUACCGGGUUCGUUCACAACACCAAUCAAUUGAAACGUCUCGACUACUUUGACCGGAAGAGCAUCACUGAGCGUCUGGAAACACACACCAAAAUCUUGUUUAUCCGAGAGCCCCUGGAACGACUGGUGUCUGCGUACAGGGAUAAAUUUGAGAGCCCGAAUGACUACUAUCAUCCUGUGUUCGGGAAGCACAUCAUCGCCAAAUACAGGGUGAACGCCUCGAAGGAGGCUUUGAAGACCGGAAACGGUGUCACCUUUCAGGAGUUCAUCAAGUACUUGUUGGACGUCCGCCGGCCCGUGGGAAUGGACAUCCACUGGGAGCCGGCAAAUCAGCUUUGCAAUCCUUGCCACGUGGAAUACGACUUCAUCGGAAAAGCCGACACCAUGGGAGAAGACGCCAACUUGUUCUUGCGAAGUAUUGGAGCCCCAGCAGACCUGGAGUACCCUACACUCAAGGACGGGAACCCGAAAGCAGUCAGAACUUCCACUGAGAUUAUGCAGUAUUAUUUUUCAAAUCUGACCAUAUCUGAAAGGCAAAGGGUAUACGAUUUCUACUACAUGGAUUACUUAAUGUUUAAUUACUCAAAACCCUACAACGAUUUGUACUGAAGUUGUUUCUUUUUACAUCUGUUGGCUACCUGUGCAGUGCGCCAUCCAUUGUCCAAUCAAUGCUAAAAUCUGUUCAGAGUCUCAUUAGACUUAUUCACUCAUUGGGGUGUGCUUAUUUUCCACCACUCCAUAGUCUUGUCAUCUUUGUACACACCACACAAGAAUCACACUGCAUACAGUCAUUUUUUAAUCAGUAUUUUUGUUUUAUUUUUCCUGGAAAAAUAUGUAAACAUCCUUAAGACAAGAUAGCCUACAUUUACUUGAGAAACAAAAUGACCUGAUAGUAAGGCUUGUAAACCUAAUUAAAAAAAAUAAUAUAUAUAUAUAUAUGUAUGUAUGUAUAUAUAUAUCUGAGGUAAUGCGGUGAGAAAAAGAAACUUAUGUCAGAAUUACCUUCCAAAAAAAAAAACAACAAAAAAAAAAACAUUCAUGUCUUCACAGAACUCCUAAUUACAAGUUGUAAAUUGGGAACUCUAUGAAAGCUCUUGUGCCCUUCAAGUGGAGUCAGAAAUAUAAUAAUUACGAGUUCUGAGCAAAUGAAUGACUCAGCAAAGUCAUAUUUACUAGUGGGAAUGUCAAAAUUCUAGAUGAUACAUGAGUUUCCGAGUUGGUACUUUUUAAGUGGCGUGUCUACACGAAAAAUGAUAAAAACCAAUGGUUCUGUACUUUAUUUAAAAAAUAUUCAUUUGUUAUAUAUGACAACAUUAGUCAACUAAUAACUCACCCUUCGUGGUUUGUUUUAAGCAAAUUAAUUAAUCACUUGUAAGAUACCAUGCAUUAAUAAAAAUAUAUAUGUUUUGUAUAAUUGAUGCAGGUUUAUUCACUUAUGUUUAUUCACAGGUACAACAGAAAAAGAGCUUUUGUUGUCAUCAUAAACAACAAAGAAAUAUAAGGAUUGGUUUUUACGUUAUAAACAUUGCCAUAGAAACAAAUAAUUUCUCCGUCGAGGACGUGAACAACUUCGAGCAGAAUCUCCGAACUGUUAUCGAGUCAUUUCGAUAAUUAAUGUUGUGUUCACAUCCUGUCCGAAUCACUGUAAUUACGAGAUGGCAACUCUACUCGGAACUGUUCACAUCCUUGGACCUCGGAAGUUAUUUGUUUCUACUGCAACACUCGUAAUGCCAAAAGGGCUUUGUUGUUGAUAGCAGCAAAAUAUUUAAUCUCUACUUUAAUUCACUUCUAUAUGUUCUUGAACAAAGACAGUGCUACAGGUAACAAUGGCAUAAUAAAAUGGCAUGCCAAACAGAAUAAUGUGUUCACUACCUUUAACUGUUAAGGCUGCUGCCAUAUUGGUUCUUUUUACAUGACGUUUCGACUGUUGAGUCGGAGCUUACAUAGAAUUAUGAUAAUUAUAAAUCUAAGAAGUCGUGAAUGCUUUUUGCAAGAUUGGAAUCUCUUAAUUACAGUAAUUCAUUGACCUGAAUGCACCAUGUUUCAAAGGGUGCUGGAUUUUGGACCAAUAACAUUUCACUGUGGGCAGGGUUACCCAGUCCAGUGCCACAGAAAUAGAAACCAGGCGACCAACAAAAUAUCAAUUUCAUAUGUCUCACCUCUGAUUUACAUGGAAGGGGCAUUCACAUUGUACAAAAGGGUCAAAUUUGUGAUGGUGAAAUAAUUCUUUCAUCUAGUUUUCAUUCUAUCAUAGACAAAACUCACUUACCUUUAGAAACCGCACUCUAUAACUCAGCAAAAUUAACUACACUGAUAUAAAAAAAACAAUAAAAAAAAAAAAAUACAAAAAAAUCUAUAAUCAAUCUAUAAUUGUAAAAAGGGCAUUUAGAAGACUAUAUUUUUUAUAUGUAUUUGUAAAACAGCUUUAGAUGUGGUCAAUGCUUUUGUGCAAACUCAUCCCUGAAGCCACUAAUCAUCUGUUCAGUAAUAUGUUUGAUUUCAUUUGAGUAUGUGAAAAGAUUGUGUGUGUGUGUGUGUGUGUGUGUGUGUGUGUGUGUGUGUGUGUGUGUGUGUGUGUGAGUAUGAGAGAGAGAGAGAGAGAGAGAGAGAGAGAGACUUGCUUGUAGGUCAACCUGAGUGAACCUGAGUAUUUUUGUUUAUUAGAAAUCAAACUGAGCAGAUUUAUGUUGUAUGGAGAUAUAAGGAAUUGUAUGUGUGGUGAGUGUAUAAUCUGAAAUACUGCUGUCACCUUUGUCCCUCGCACUUCCUUUAGAAUAUGUUUCUACAUAUAUAGAUCUGUAUGAUAUCACACAUAAAGUAACUGGUGAAUGUAUAACUGUUGUUGGUGCAAAACUGUACAAACCUAUAUGAUCUAUAACCCCUUUGCCUUAUUUAACACUGCCAGUUUUUCAGGAAAAAGUGAAAUCUGCAGGUGCGAUUCGCCCUGCGAAGUGUCAGUAAAUUUGUCUUUGGA